AUGGUAGAGGAGUUGGUACAGAAUACGGAUUCACCUUUUACACCUAAAGUCAUGGGUUUGCCUCUUCCAAUGAAGUUUAAAAUGCCCCAACUAGAGAUGUUCAAUGGUUCCAUGGACCCAUUAGAUCAUUUGGAAACGUAUAAAUCUCUAAUGCGUCUACAAGCAGUGCCAGACGAAGUGAUGUGCCGGGCAUUCCCUGUUACCCUCAAGGGAAGUGCUCGAGCAUGUUUCAAUAAGCUCCCAUCGGGAAGCAUAUGUAGUUUUAAAGAGCUUAGCACAAGCUUUGUAAGCUACUUUAUUCUUGGCCAAUGCUACGGCAAACCAGCAACAAACCUCUUAAUGGACAGUUUCUAUACCUCUUAUCUCAAGAACCACCGAAAACUUUGGCAGAGCUUAUGCUCAGAGCUCAAAAAACACAUGAACGUAGAGGAAGUUGUAUAUGCAAGACGUACACGUGAUGGCUUUGACCCCCAAGCAGGGCCAUCACAGGUUGGCGAGUUUCCUCCACCUGAUAAUAAGAGAAAAGAAUCCACCCGCAAGACGGGAGGUGAACCAAAAAAUAAAAAGGUGGAUUCAAGAUCAUCCCCAAAGCGGGGAGGAGUAGGAGGACCCCCCCAAGGCUGGUUCCACAAAGACCAUGGUCAUAACACAGAUGAUUGCAUUGACCUAAAGCAGCAGAUCGAGGAUUUGAUCCAAAGAGGGAGACUUCAACGUUUUGUAACAAACCAGAAGCAAUCCAGGAGGGAAGAUACCAGCAAGGAGAGUAGAGAUGGCACUACACCCCGGUCAGGUCCCAUUGGAGAGAUCAAGGUCAUCCAUGGAGGAUUUGUUGGAGGCGGAGAGUCCAGCAAUGCUAGAAAAGCUCACCUAAGGAAAUUGAGAUCAGAAGAACAUUUGGAGGUCAACACAGUUGGCCGUCCAGACAAGUUCCAAAAGGAGGAAAUACCCAUUAUUUUCUCAGAGGAAGACAUCAAGGGAGUUCAGAUCCCUCAUGAUGACUCACUAGUAAUAACCAUUGUCAUAGCAAACUACCUCACACGUAGGGUACUGAUAGAUAGCGGAAGCUCAGCUGACAUCCUCUACCUCCAUGCAUAUGACCAACUAAAGGUUGGACGAGAAAGGUUAAGGCCUAUGACAUCACCAUUAGUUGGAUUUGCAACAUAUAAUGCAAUAUUGGGGAGAACAACUCUGAAUAAGAUCGAGGCAAUAAUCUCAACAUAUCAUUUGAUGAUAAAGUUCCCAACACCAGAGGGAGUUGCUUACGUCAGAAGAGAUCAGAAAGCAGCACGGGAGUGUUCCGUCACCUCACUCAGAGGAGCUAACAUCACCAUUAAUGUGGAGAGUGUCGACACACAAGAUGAAGAGAAGCUCCAACAUGGAGAGCCCGUGGAACCAGGGCCACCGGGAAAGACAGUAAGGAUGGGAAUAGGAUUGAGCAUGGUAGCAAGAGCUGAGCUACUACAAUUCCUAAGAAAGAACAAAGACGCCUUUGCGUGGUCCCAUGAGGAUAUCCCAGGGAUAGACCCAAGGGUCAUAUCCCACAAACUGAACAUGGAUCCCACGAUGCGCCCAGUCAAGUAG